AUGUCAGACGAAAACAUCAGCGAGAAGCAUGACGCUGCCACUGCCGAGAUCCUCCGUCGCUACCAGACGGCCGAUAGUGUCUUGCUUCCAAUUCCUCGGGAUGCCUUUGAAAAGCUCUACCUGAGCCCUAAGACGCCUACUGCUGGCAAUCUGCGUCGCACCUUUGGCAACCCAACUCCCAUUUCGCUAAUGGGCUUCUUGCUUGCCGCGACACCUGCGGCGAUGUUGACUAUGGGUUGGGGACACUCGGGCGGAAAUGGUGGAGCCGUUUUGCCCGUCUAUAUUUUCUUCGGUGGCAUGGUCCAAAUCCUCGGAGCUGUGGGCGAGUGGCUUCUGGGAAACACUUUCUCGUGUGCCCUUUUCUUCACCUACGGAACUUUCUGGAUUGUCCAGGGCACAACUCUAAUCCCCUGGUUCGGCGUUGGAACCAAUUACUCUUCCACUGGUAAUUCUUUAGAAGGAAUGCAGACGCCAGAAUUUGCUGCAACCACUGGUCUAUAUUUUACUAUCCUCGCUAUCCUGACCUUCGUAUAUCUCAUCUGUUCCAUACGAACCAAUGUCUGCCUCUUCCUCGCCCUCCUCCUGCUGGUCAUCACCUUUGCCUUGACUGCGGCGACUUUCUUCCAGACUUCCUUGGGCAAUCUCGCUCAUGCAGCUACACUACAGAAGACCGCCGGUGGUUUCAACUUUGCUUUGUGUCUGCCAAUUUGGUGGAUUUUCAUUGCCCAGAUCUUUGAGGCUGUCGACUUCCCGUUGACGAUUCCGGUUGGUGAUCUGAGUACUGUUAUUCUGGGGAAGAGCCAGAAGGCGAAGAAGCGUGAAGCCGAAGGACAGUAG